CGGGGCGGGAGAUCCUGCGCAGGCGCAGUGCGGGCGGGCGCGCGCGGGGCGCGGGGCCGCGGUUUAAAGGGGCCGCGGCGCGGGGAGCCCGGAACCCCCCGGGACCCCCGGGACCCUCCGGACCCCCGAGCCCCCCGGCACCCCCCGGCACCCCCCGGGAACACCCCGAGCCCGCCAUGGUCUGCGGAGGCUUCGCCUGUUCGCGCAACGCGCUCUGCGCCCUCAACGUGGUUUAUGUGCUGGUGGGGGUGCUGCUGGUGGCCGUGGCGGGCUGGGCGCGGGGCCUGGCCGGGGGCUCCAGCCCCCCCCUGCUCGGAGGAGCCUUCGCCGUCGGAGUCUUCCUCCUGCUGAUCGCGGGGCUGGGGCUGCUCGGGGCCCUGCGGCACCACCAGGUCCUGCUCUUCUUCUACGUGCUGAUCCUGGGCCUGGUGUUCCUGUGCCAGCUGGGCGUGUCCUGCGCCUGCCUCGCCCUGGGCCGCGAGGCUCAGGAGCGGCUGCUGCGCUCGGCCUGGCCCCUGCUGAGCGGGGGGGCGCGGGGGGAGCUGCAGCGCAGGCUGGGCUGCUGCGGGCUGGGGGAGCCCCCCGGGACCCCCCCUCCGGCCAGCCCCCCCCCGGGGAGCCCCCCCGGGCUGCAGCCCCCCUGGGAGCCCCCAAACUGCCCCGCUAGGUGCCAGUUCCCCCCGGGGGGGGGCCCCCCCGUGCCCCCCCCUGUGCCCCCCAGCUGCUGCAGCACUCGGACCAGGCCCUCAAGAUCCUGGGGGGGGGUGGGGCUGUUCUUCAGCUUCACCGAGGUUUUGGGGGUCUGGCUCGCCCUGCGCUUCCGGAACCAGCGCGACCCCCGCGCCAACCCCGGCGCCUUCCUAUAGCGGGGGGCCCGGGGGGGGCACGGCUCCUGGGGGGGUCCAGGGCCCCCCAGUGCUGACCAGCUGCCCCCCGCAGCCGCAUGAAGCACUGGGGACAAGGACGCGCCCCCCAAAAUCAUGGGGUGACCCCCCCCCCGGCAGG